AUGCCUGCAUUCUCCCGCCUUGUUCGUUUCCUAGCCAAAGACGGCUUGGUUUACCAUGGAGAUGCCAUUCUGCCUUCUGGCGUUAGUGACCUCGCCAAAACCACCAAAGCCAGGGUCAUCAUGGGAGAAAUAUUUGGCAAUCAUCAAGUCACGGAUCAAAUCCAGGAAGUGAAGAAGCUGCUCUGUCCACUGGCUCGGAAUGAUAUUAGGACCAUACGAUGCCUGGGCUUGAACUAUGCUGAACAUGCAAAGGAGUCAAACAUGCCUUUACCAAAAUACCCAGUCCUCUUCUUCAAGCCAGUCACAGCAGCUAGCGGGCCAACAGAUGACAUACCUGUUCCUACAAUGGCCCAGGAAUGUGAAGGAUUGGACUAUGAAUGUGAGUUGGUGAUCAUCAUUGGGAAAGAGGCUCACAAUGUGCCGAAGUCGAAGGCACUUGAGUAUGUCUUGGGUUAUUCCGUGGGAAAUGAUGUGUCCCAUCGAGAAUGGCAGAUCAAACGUGGAGGAAGCCAGUGGGGUAUAGGCAAGGGGUUUGAUGGCUGGGCUCCCUUUGGCCCUGGAAUCGUGACCUCAAAGAUAAUUCCAGACCCGAACGCGCUACGCAUAUCAACCAAGGUGAAUGGUAAGACCGUGCAAGAUUCGAAUACAAAGGACAUGGUAUUUGGCGUAGCGGAGACAGUUGCUUUCUUAUCUCAGGGAACUACACUGUUGCCUGGUGAUAUUAUAUUCACCGGAACCCCUCAAGGGGUUGGAAUGGGUAGAAAGCCUCAGGUUUGGCUGAAGGAUGGGGACAGCGUGGAAGUAUCGCUUGAAAAUAUUGGAACUUGUAGGAACAAAGUUGUCCAUGUUAAUGGCUCCUCUAAACUUUGA